AAACCGAGUACCAAGAACCAAGUCGUGGUAAGCUCUAAUGAAAACAAAAACAAAACAAAAAACAAAUUAGUAAUUUUAGUGACACUGUUGUCCACAAUGUGGACGCUAUAAAAAAACGAUGCUCAAAAAUGACCAACUAGCCUGCAAAUAUCAGACCUUGCUCCUAUGUUCCCAUUACUUAGCAGUCUCAUGUCCAUAUCUUUGUUGACAUGACGUCCACACUCACUGCAGCAGGACAUGCUGGUAGGAAGUUGUAGGUCUAUCUCAGGCAGCCUUUGAAUUUAAAAUUUUUGUUUUACUAUAAGGUUAUCCUUAUCAGCAUUAGCAGUUCGGAAAUAAGCAUUUCAACAAUAAUUUCGCGGGAGCCGAGCUAUGUUCACUGAUGUUAGUAGUACUUGAAUCUGGUCAGCGAAUCAUAGUGUGUAUGAUAUUUAUCUUUUAGUUAACUCAUUUAAAUGACUUUGGAAUCUAAUCUUUUCAUCGCAAUGUAUUUUUUAUUUUAUUUAAUUUUUCUAAAUUGAUUCAACUUAUAAUAUAUGAAUCUUAUAAUAAUCAAAUGUUAUAAAAUAUUAAUGUUAUAAUAUAUGUAUUUUAUUAUAUACAUUAAUGUUAUACUAUAUGAAUGUUAUAUAUAUUAAUAUCAUACUAUAUAAAUGUUAUAUUAAAUGAACUUUAUAAUAAUUGAAUGUCAUACUACAUAAAUGUUAAAAUGUAUGCAUCUUAAAAUAUAUGAAAGUUAUUUGUUUAAAUGUUAAAAUAUAUGAAAGUUAUAAUACAUGAAUGUAAUAAUUAAAGAAUUUUACAAUUUAUGAAUGUAUAUUUUCCAGGGGAAGAUUCAACAACAACACAAAGUACAACCACCACCACCCGACCAACGACACAAACCACAAGAGCUACAACAACUACAACCCGACCUACAACAACAACAACUACAAACCGACCUACAACAACAACAACUACAACAACGACAACAACAACGCGACCCACCACAAAAACAACAACUUCCACAACAACUACAACAACUACAACACCUAGACCUACAACAACUUCAGCUUCACCUACAACUACAACCGCUAAGCCAACUACUACCCCAGGUAAAAGUUAAGGUUGAAUUUAAAAUCUAAUAUUCGCAGUAAUACUUUUUGUACAUUGUUGACGUAUAACAUAGCAUGUUGGCCUGGUUGCCUGAAGGCAUAAUCAUACUGACAUACUGAAACAGGCGAUUUUACCUCAUUUAGCACAAUGACAUGAUACAAUGGAAAGAUUUAGUGGAAUGUCUUUCAAAGCAAACCGUGCCACUAUUGGAAUUUGGGUCGCCGAGAACAGAGUCUGGUGACCAAAAGGAGAACAGAGCUUUGCCCUUCUAACGCAUGCUUUCAAACGCUAGACAACAACAGGAACCCGACCUGUCGACAUUGCAGCCUGAACCCAGAAACGCUACGCAUCUCUUGACCGAAUGCCCAGGACUAGAUCAUGCGGGGGAAGCCAGGUCUGCGGGAGAGUCCUGGGUUCUGAUGAUGUUAUAAUGCACAGCGCCAUCACAUGGAGCUGGUAGCCAAUGUACUAGCCGGCACAACCCAGUAGAUGGAGCUCGUUGCCAAUGUACUAGCCGGCACAGCCCAGUAGAUGCAGCUGGUAGCCAAUGUACAAGCCGGCACAACCCCAUCAGAUCGAGCUGGUAGCCAAUGUACUGGCGGGCACAACCCCAUCAGAUGCAGUUGGUAGCCAAUGUACUAGCCGGCACAGCCCAGUAGAUGCAGCUGGUAGCAAAUGUACAGGCCGGCACAACCCCAUCAGAUGGAGCUGGUAGCCAAUGUACAGGCCGGCACAACCCCAUCAGAUGCAGCUGGUAGCCAAUGUACUAGCCGGCACAACCCCAUCAGAUGGAGCUGGUAGCCAAUGUAAAGGCCGGCACAACCCCAUCAGAUGGAUUUGGUAGCCAAUGUACUAGCCGGCACAACCCCAUCAGAUGCAGCUGGUAGCCAAUGUACUAGCCAGCACAACCCCAUCAGAUGGAGCUGGUAGCCAAUGUACUAGCCGGGCAGCCCCAUCAGAUGGAGCUGGUUGCAUAUGUACGAGCUGGGUCUUUAAGAGCGUAAGCUCUAACCCCCCCCUCCCACCCCUAGAAUAUGUGUGUUAGUGGAAUGAUAGCAUGGAUUGAUUCAAUGAAAUGAUACACAAUCAAAUAAGAACAAUUUUCACACAAAUAUCAAUUCUAACGGAAUAGUAUAAUUUUUAAACCAGACAUCUUUUUCUGCUUAAUAAUUACAAUGAACGUGUAUAUUGUUACAAGUUUAUACAUGCAUUUAAUUCUUUUUAAAGCAUUAGGCACCGAUUAUAUUAUAACCAAUGUGUUCCUCUAUUGACCCUUGACAUUUAACUUCAGCACCAACACCACCCCCGGUUCAGCCCUGUCGUAACACGACCAAGGCCGACAUCAUCCUACUGCUGGACGCCUCCACUAGCAUCGGGUCCAUCAACUGGCAGAAGCAGGUCAAAUUCGCCGACGAAGUGACCCAGGCGUUCACUGUGGGUGCUAAUGACGUCAGAUUCGGUACACUCCUUUUUAACAAGUCGCCGACUAAGAUAUUCGAUUUGAAAACUUACUUCGACCACAAAUCAAUAUCUCAGGUAUUUUGUUGUUGACCUUAAUCCAUCACAUAGGCAGUUACGUACAUAGGCAGUAAAGAGCAUAGUACGGUACGUACAUAGACAGUUACGUUCAUAGAUAAUUACGUACAUUGACUAUUUUAUACAUAGACAGUUAUGUGCAUAUAAUAAAGUUUCGUAAAUUGACAAUUAUGUACAUAGACAGUUACGUACAUUGCAAAUUAUGUACACAGACAGUUACGUACAUUGAAAAUUAUGUACAUAGACAGUUACGUACAUUGACAAUUUUGUAUAUAGACAGUUAUAAACAUUGACAAUUAUGUACAAAGACUGUGACGUGCAUAGAAAUUUACGUAAAUUGUCUAUUACGUACAUAGACAUUUACGUACAUAGGCAGUUACUUACAUAGACAGUCACGUACGUAGAAAGCUACGUACACAGGAAGUUACGCUCCUUGCUUAAGACCAUAUUACAGGACAUAUCAAUGGUUUAUGUUUAUGGGGCAAAUACUUUAUACGUCAAUGUAAACGUUUGAAGGGCUCAGAAUGGUUCCAUUUACUCUGUGCGACACAAUGCUGUACCGUCAUCAUCAAAUAUUUGUUGAGUAUCCGUCAGCGCGCUAUGAAGCUAUCUUUCCUAUUCUCUAUUGCAUACAUCAGGGUUAAACUCCUAAGGGACACUGUUAAUAAACAGAGCAUGGAUCUUAAAAACAUUUUGAAGGUUUCAGUAAAUCCAUAGCGAAUAGUUGUGAUUAAUAUUUGAUUGCAUAUCUUUAGCUUAAACAUUUCAAACAUUAAUCUAUAACAUACAUAGAUAUUUUUUGUAGAUUUAAGUUAACUGCCAUAUCAUAGAAUAUUGUUGACACCCUUCUUAAACAUUAAUAUGACACAAAAAGCACUGAAUAUGUUAUGUCUUUAACCAUAUGAUAAUACAAAGAGACGUCUUUAAACAUGUUAUAAUACAUAGCAAUGUCAUUAAUCAUGUCAUAAUACAUUGACAUGUCUUUAACCAUGUCAUAAUUCAGGGAAAUGUCUUAAACUAUAUGCUACUACAUAGAAAUGUCUUUGACAAUGUGAUACUAGAUAGAAUUGUCUUUAAUUAUGGAAUAAUAGAUGGAAAUCCCUUUCAUCGUGUAAUAAUACACGGAAAUGUCUUUGAAAUGUCCUAAUACAUACUAAGGUCUAUAAUCAUGUGAUGACACAUAGAUAUGUCUUUAAAAUGUUUAAGCCCAUCAUUUUAAAAUUACAGGUACAGAGUUAAGUGUAAUGUCAAUGCCAUCCCACAAUUCCUUGCUCAACGCAUUGCUAUCUUUUGAAUUUCCUCUAGGCAUUGAACUCAGGAUAAGUUUUCCUGAGUCACUUCAAGUUUUCAUAACGUGCUAGUCUUAACGUAGUCAAUUUAAAGUCACCUGUUACCUUAAAAGAAAAAAAAAUAUAAUUGAUACAACAACAAAAAAAAACAGGUUUGAAAUCUAUUUGUUUUCUUGUUCAGGCAAUAUUAAGCAUAGAGUACCCCUACCGCAGUGGUACCAACACUCACCUGGGUCUGAAGGAGAUUCGGGAGCAGAAGCUGUUCAGUCCAGAGAAUGGCGGCAGAGAUGGUGUCAAAAAUAUUGUCAUUGUCAUGACGGACGGGCUGUCGACCUUACCCACUCUAAGUAAGUCAGCCAAUGUCAUUGUGUCAGUCAGUCAAAAAGCAGUAUGUAUGUUAUUGUGUCGUCAGUCAACAAGAAGUAUGUAUGUCAGUUUGAUUGCAUAAAAAUGUCAGACAAAGUCAUGGUAUCAUUUCUCAGUAAGUCAGCAACUGACAUUUGAUCAGUAAGUUAGCCACAGUCAUGUUAUCAGUAAGUUAGCCUCUGAAUCAAUAUGUCAUGAUAUUAUGUCUCGGUAUAACAGACACUGUCGGGUAUCAAUAUGCCAGACAUGGUCGCAUGCCAUGAUUGAUCUCUCCGUAUGUUAGCCACUAAUAUGUUAUCAAUAUUGCAGUCACUGUCAGGUACCAAUAUAUAAACGUAACUGUCAGGUAUUAAUAUGUCAGCCACUGUCACGGUAGCAAUAUGCGAGACACUGUCACGGAAUCAGGAUGCCAAUCACUUUCCCAGUAUUUGUGUCAGCCAAUGUCAUGCUAUCUGUGUCAGUCACAGUACAUGAUCUGAUUUGUGGGUUUGCUCUCGUGACUCUCGCCUCAUUAUAUUCUUAUAACAUACAUAUGAUAUAAUAUUAUGACACCCCACAUACAUAUGAUAUGAUAUAUGACACCCAACAUAUAUAAGAUAUAAUACAUGACAAUCUACAUACGUAUGAUACAAUACAUGACAUCUUACAUAGAAAUGAUAUAAUACAUCGCACUAUUCACUCAUACCUUAUUCUUCUAUAUAUAAGAGCAAAAAUCAAUGUAUUGAUCAGUCUGGCUCCUAUGUAUGUAGAGGGACUUGUAAUGUUGCCGGGUCUGGUAUUGAAGAAGAUAUAUCACUCGUUGCAAGGGCCCUCAUUGAGCGUAUUGGGAACUGGGGUUUUGACGAUUUACAUAUUAUAUAAUACACGACACCUAACAUACCUUAAUAUGUUAAUACGUUAAUUAUAAAUUUAAUACAUGACAUCUUACAUGCAUAUGAUAUAAUACAUGACACCUGUUAAAGAUACAUCUACAAUCUUCAUAUACUCCUGCAGUUUUCUUCUCACUUUCUCAUUUUCACUCAUUAUGUGGUAACUUAUGAAGUUUUUGACAAUGCAGUGGGCCUGCACAAUAGAAUCUAACAACAAAGUGUACUUUGAACGUUUUUCCUCGUGCCAUGUUUGUUAAGCCCAGGAAGAGGCCACGCUUCUGAAGAAUGAGGACGUGACCCUGAUAUCUGUGGGCAUCGGGUCGGGCGUCAACACGACGGAACUCCAGGGCAUCGCCAGUAAACCUGAUUAUAUGUUCCUAACCGGCGGUUACAACCUCUUGGACUUUAUCAAGAGAGACUUGGUCAAAAUGACUUGUGAAAGUAAGUGCAGACUUUAAUUUGGAUGUUAAACACUUCAAGACAGAAAUUAGAUAUAAUUUCCAAAAAAAAAAUGAAAAAAUAAUUGUUUUUGUAUAAAUGCAUUAUAAAAUGUAAUAAAGAGAAUGGGGCGGGGGUGGGUGGGAUGGGCUGGAAAUUUGACAAAACAUGCAUACACGUCACACAUUUUAAAAGAAUCUGUAUUAAGUGAUUUCCCCAACCCAUCCCAAGGCUAGCAUUUGCAUAUUUUAUUCACGCCCUUCAAUUAUAUAAUUAUUAUAAAUACCCACCCACUUUGACAUUACAGAUUUACAAAAUUCACUAUUUCAGAAAAAUGAACGACAAUAUUAAUCACCAAACGCACUUGCGUUAUUUUUUAAGAAUGUUAUUUAGCUCAGUUAACAGGAAUUUGAUUUAGUAAAAUCAGUGGCGUCAUAUUUCUUCUUUCCUUUGUAAAUUAAGCAACAAAUAAUUUUGGGGACUGGUGUAGGGGAUGGGACUUAAAAUAGAUUUACUGUGUUGCCGUCGGCGUGUCUAAAUGCCAAGUUUAAGCUCGAUAGGUUGUCAUGAAGUGGGUCGAUUAGCCGUUUAAAUAGUUUGCAAGCCGGAAAGACAUGAAGGAAAGCAAAGUUAAUAUAAAGGUUUUAAAAAGUGCGCCUUUUGCAAUAUUUAUUUUUUAAAAAUUAAAAUGUGCAAACAACCUUUUGACAUUGAGUUUAAAUUCCUGUUGUUGUUUUUUCUUCUUCUUCUACCAAUCCGUUUCACUUCUCUAAUUUAAUUUCUGGGCAGUCUAAAAUUUAAUGAAUGAACUAAUGUUUGUCAAAAACAUAGCUCGUUAAUACAUGAACACACAUCGUCUCUGAAUCAAACUCUGCAGGUAACCAGUUAGAUGUUUACUGUUGACGAUAGCCAAUUUAUAGAAUUAGAUGAAUGUAUUAUUUUAAUUGCAGGUGUUUCCAACUAGGACAGAGCACGUGACCUGUUUUGGUGCAUUUCAAGUCUUUGACAAACUGCAAAAUAAUGACACAUCGUUGAUGACAUUAAAGUCUGAAAACACCAUUUGGUGUCAAUUCUAUCGUCUGUUCUUUUGUUUUUACAUGUUGUUCAUUAAAAUAUUUCCCCC